GUUCAACUGCUAGAUUCCUUUGAACACCAUGAUAGCAAGACAUUUAGUGCAACUUGGAGUAGCCGUUUCGAUGACGAUAAUGCUGUAAACAAAGAGGUUCGUCCACUGGAAUUUUAUCUUCAACUAUAUUUUAUUGCCGCAAACUGGGAUGAAGAUUCUGAGUCCAUGCGGAAGGAGCGCCUCCAAGGGUUCCGUGGUUUUUUGGAGACAAAAGGAAAAGUACUGAGCCAGAUAGAGGAAUUUCUUCCAUUUUAUGCCUUUCCCUAUGUGGAAAAUCCAAAACUGCACCCAGCCUACCGUGAAUUGUUUGAGCCGGAUUGGUCAUUUAAUCUAAAGCGCAAACUAGCUGCAUUCCUCGAUACAUUUGAGGAUGAAACACAGCCUUUGCCAAAACUUUUGCUUUUGCCUACUCGGACUGCCGAGUCUCCUAAUAAUCUUGUCAAACAGCUGCAAAACCGUCUUGCCGACGCUGAAAGACGUGUAUCUCAGUCGCAACAACGUUUCACAAAGAUUCAAAACGACUAUCAAGGCCUCUUAGGCAUAACUACUGACCUUGUUGACACCUUAGAGGCUUCCCUGCGUGGUGACCACAUUGAGCCGAACGUUUUACAGGAAAUCUGCUCGCGCCUAAUUGCCUCCCAGCGCGGCAGUAGCGUCUGGCCAGUGGACAGUCUUGAGGAAAAUUUAACCUUUUCUGAAACGCUUUUGCGUGCGAAGAACAGUAGUAACUUCAGCUACGGAAAUACCCUGCGUCAGUCCCUUCGUUGUCAUCAACCUACUGGAGAAAUUAACCGGUAUGCGGACAAAUUGGCGACAUGUGAACUAGACUUUGACAAGAUAAAUGACACUUUAAAGGGAUCUAACGUGACUCAGAUAUGGCGCCUUUUGCAGGCACUAAGAUGGCGCCUCACGAAAACCACUGUCGAUUUGCGAGAACAGCAGUUGACCGAGUUCAUUAAACACGAUCUUCUUGACCUGACGCUCUGGUCCGAAGACACACGCCAGCACCACGUCACCGUCCUUGAGCAGUGUCUCUCCAAUGUCUCGCUCAAGGUCACCGAGGCCACCGCUCGUCUUAGCAACGCAUUUGCGUCCCUUUCCCGUGGUCGAGCCUACUUAGCUCAAAAUCCUGCAGCCGUGAGCCUACUAACCAAGGCAAUUUUCCGCACAGAUUCGACCCAGGAAUCGGCCACAAGAGAGAACCUUAUUGGCGCCUUGCAGAAGCUCAGUUUACGCCGCUCGAUGCAAACAAAAAUGACGGACCUGGGAGUGAUCGAGUGGCUCGUCGACCUGCUGGACAAUCCCGACAAUCUGUCUGACUACACACUGGAAUAUGCUGUGGCUCUUUUCAUGAAUCUGUGCCUUCGCACUGCAGGUAAAAAACGAUGCAUUCCAAUGGGCAACAGAGUGUUGAAAGUCCUGACUGACCUAAUCAGCCACGAAAACACGGGCAUCCUCUCCUACGUGAACGGCGCCCUCUUCUCCCUCCUGAGUCAGUCCGAAUUACAGGCGUCAGCUGAAGCGAUCGGUUUGGAGGGGAUCUUGACGUGUUUCAUGAGGGAGGAUCAGCCGGAACUAAAUCGUCAAUUUGAGUACAUUAUCAAGCAAAUGCAAACAUCUGAACAAAACCCUGAUAAUGCGUCAUCGGAUGAAGGCGAAGAUGACGACGAGGACGAUGACGACGACGAGGAAGACGCCGAUCAGAUGGAGGGGGACAUAGACCGAGGCGACGACCUGGGCGACAACAAGGAGAACGCCGUGGACGGCGGUCUGGCCGGUGAGAGCCUCCUUCGGCAGGCGUUCCAGCGCGUGAAGAAAGAGAACCCCGCGACGACACCGCAGCCACCCUACGGCCACGUGCGACACUACGAGACUGACUCCGUCAUAAGCACCGGCGGGCUUCUUCGACGUCCAUCGACGCCGGGUCGAAAGCGCGGCUCCACGGCGUCACAGAUACCCAAACCGUCGGCGGCGUCGAAGCUGCCGCCAUCGAGGUGGGUUAAGGGGUCGAUUUUUCGACUCUGA